AUGGGUCCAAAACGAGUAGAUACUGUCAUGAAAGGAAGUAAAUUUGCACAAGGUGGGACGAGUGUGUUAGGUAUGGCUGGUAUUGGGACAUUGAUUGAGCAAGAUGGUCAGCAGUGUGUAGGUAAAUUUGCUGCUGAUUUAGAACUAUGUUGUCGUGAACCAUCUUCAGUCUAUCCUAUAACUAUUCCUGUUUAUAUUCGUGGUCGUCCACCAACAUCCGCACCAAUUCAAUCGUUUCAAUUACAAAAUCAGCAGCAACAACAACAACAGCAAAAUAUAGGAACACAUCCUGGAACGUCAGCUACUCCAUCAUUACCUGCCGUAAUUGCGGAAGAACAAUUACCAUCAAUGGGAAAGAGAGCAUCUCGUGCAAGAAUGCCUUCUGUUGCUCAAAGUGGAAUUAUAAUAGGAAUAACAGGCAUUGAUGCUGAUAAAAGAUCAAUGAGUAUUACAGGACAAGAACAACCAAAAAUAUCUUCACCGACCUAUAAAACAUUUAAUUUAAUUAAUGAUAGUGAUUAUUUUCGACCUAAAUUAUUAGUAGAUUCAGUCAAUAAUGAUAAUGAAUCCAUUGAUCAAAUAACAUCUCUUUAUAUAAGAGAUUGGCAACUUGAUCAACGUUUUAUUGAUAUUUUGAAAAAAGUUCUUCCGUUACAAGAACAAUUACAUACACUUGAUUUCUGUUUUGUUGGUCUGAAUGAGAAAACUAUUCAUGGGAUAGUUGAAUUAUGUCAAGUAACGAAAAAUUUGAAAAAUGUUUCAUUCGAUGGAAAUCCAUUAGCAGCAGAUUAUUUUUAUCUUUUCAUUGAAAAAGAUGAUUCAAAAAUUAUUCAAUUAUCUCUUCGUUAUUGUAAUAUUACUGAUGUAGGUGCUGAACGUCUUGCUAAUGCUCUUGGUAACAUGUUAAAACCAAAUCGAAAAUUAUUAACACUUAAUCUAAGUGGAAAUCGUAUUGGUGAUGAUGGUGCUAAAUCUUUUGCAACAGCAUUACGUUAUAAUAGAACAUUAAUAACUCUUAAUCUUUCAUCGAAUUUUAUAACUGACAAAGGUGCUUUUCCUUUGGCAUUAGUUCUUCGAAGAAUUGUUCUUACACAAGAAGAAAUCCUUCGACGUCGACAUUUAACAGUUCAACAUUAUGUUGAAACACAUCCAGAUGAAUUUAGAAUUUCUACCAAUUCACCAACUCCUUCAAAUGUAUCAACAAAGAGUAAAUCAGGUCGAAGUAGUCGAAAUGAUCGAAAACGUGUACCAGAUAUAACUAAACGAAAAAUAAGCAUAUUAAAAACUGCACAAAAUCUUAUCGAGAAACGUAAUCGAGUUGAAUCUGAUGAAAGUCGUCCACCAUCAGAAAAUAAAGGUGAUUUAAAACGAGGACGAAAUGAAGGUAGUGGUAGCCGUUCAACAACACAUAAUUCUUCAUCAGCAACUGCUAAUACAUCUCGACGAACAGCUGCUAAUACAUUAAAUACAAAUACUAAAGAAUCCGAUCAAUCUCGAACGAAUCCUCCUUCACGUAUGAGAAAGAUAGCAACGACUGUUAAUGCUACAACAAAAAAGACGAUUUCAAUGGUUAAAGAAGAAGAUGAAGAUGCAAUACAACAGGAAACACUCAAUUGUUUGAGUACAUUAUUCGAUUUCGUUGGUCAAUCAUCUGAUUUAUCAUCAUCAGGAAAACCAAUGUCAUUACCAAUUCAAUAUACUGAUAAUGAAAAUCCAUUAAUGGAACCAAGUGAAAUUGAAUCACAAGAUGGUGAAAUAUGGUUAAGAGGAAAUUUUGUUCUUUUAAGUUUAAAUUUAUCACGAAAUUAUUUAACAUCAGAUAGUGUUCGAGAAUUUCUUCUUUCAAUUCAACAACAAUCAGCAUUAACAAGUUUUAAUGAUGCAUUUAAUUUAUCAUCAUCAACAACAACAACAACAACAACAACUUCAUCAACGAACUUUCUUGGUCUUUGCCGACUUGAAUUAAAAGGUAUGAAUGAUAUUUCAACAAAAUCAUCUGAAUAUCAAUCAUUGGAAACAUUACUUGCACAAAAAAAUCCAUUAUAUCGUUUUCAACAAUUAAGAGAACGUGAAGCAAAAGAAUUACUUGAUCUACAAUUGAUUCCACCAUCACAACAACUUCAACAAUCAAUAUCAGAAAAAACAACAAAUAUUUCAGAAAAAACACGAAUACCUUCAAGUGCUAAAUCUACAAAUCAACGACCAACAUCACGAUUAAAAGACUAA